UGUCCGUACAAACUUAAGGUGUUCUUUUAUCUCUGCAUAAUAAACUUAUCUGCAUGUGAUACGGUGCCCCCACACUCGUGACAAACGCAAUAAACUGCUGAGGCAUGUAAAAUGUUUGUCAACGCCGACGAAACGUAAUACCUAGGCUACUUUGAGCAGAGGAGUUUUUAGACCGCUUAUUGUUUUAUAUCAUAUAAUUUGAUAGGACAUUGUUCCAACGCCUGGGGAAGUAGGCCUACCCAAACAUUUCCUCUGCCGUUGAAUUUACCGUGAGUCCCUUCAAAACUGACCAAAGGCGUUUCAGGGUUCAGGGAGAGAGCACUUUGUUUUGGGGAAGGAGAUAUCGGAUGUUGGUUUAAUAUCUUUCACACAUUGGUCGUGCACUUGCACUUGAAGGUUGAAUUGGAGCACCAUCGCCUUGGGUAGCUGUCGGUGCGAUGACUCAGGUUAAAGAUAGUCAUUGUUGCGAGGCGGUAUGUAACUGUUUCUUUGACUAUUCGACGUCGAAAACUUUGGUGAUACGAAGCAAGAAAGUUGGAGCCAUUAACCGCACCACUCAGGCCUUGGUUAUAGCCUACAUAAUUGGGUAUGUCUGCGUUUGGAAUAAAGGCUACCAAGAAACUGACACCGUUCUUAGUUCUGUCACGACCAAAGUGAAAGGAAUUGCUCUCACAAACACGUCAGAUCUUGGUCUCCGGGUUUGGGAUGUUGCUGACUACAUUAUUCCGCCUCAGGUACCAAUACGAGCUAAUAAAGACGAGGAGGAGAGCUCAUUCUUUGUGCUCACAAACCUGAUUGUGACAGACAACCAGACGCAAGCACACUGUGCAGAGAUCCCAAGUGAAUCUUCCAGGUGUUACACAGACAAGGACUGCAAAGUUGGAAUAAAAGGUCCUCGCAGCAAUGGUGUGCAAACAGGUAGAUGUGUGAUCUUCAAUCAGACUGUUAAAACAUGUGAGGUUUUUGCCUGGUGCCCCUUGGAAAGAGAUGAUGAGCCACCUAAUCCUCCAAUGCUGGGUGAUGCAGAAAACUUCACUGUACUGGUGAAGAACAACAUCCGAUUCCCCAAGUUUCAAUUCAGCAAAAGGAAUAUUUUGCCGCACAUAAACAGCUCCUAUUUGCAGGACUGUGUGUUUAGCCGCUCUAGUGAUCCAGAAUGCCCAAUCUUCAGGCUCAAAGACAUGGUGGAUGAGGCAGAAGAGGACUUCCAGACCAUGGCCGUUCAUGGUGGCGUGAUGGGGGUUCAGAUCAGAUGGGACUGUGAUCUGGACCUACCACAUACCUGGUGUGUGCCACGCUACAACUUCCGGCGCCUAGACAACAAGGACCCCACCAACACUGUCUCCCCUGGUUACAACUUCAGAUUUGCCAAGUACUAUAAAAACAAUGACGGCAAGGAAACCAGAACCCUAAUUAAAGGCUACGGGAUUCGUUUCGACAUUAUGGUUUUUGGAGAGGCUGGGAAAUUUAAUGUUAUCCCAUUACUGCUCAAUGUAGGGGCCGGCUUAGGCCUCCUGGGCUUGGUCACAGUGGUCUGUGACUGGAUAGUCUUAACCUUCAUGACUAAGCGGAAUCUCUACAGGGAACAGAAGUACACGUACGUUGAUGACUUUGGGCUGCUUCCAGAAAACUAAGGUGUCUUGCAGAAGAGAUGACCCAUCACAUGAUCACAAUUGAAGGAGACAUUGCACAUGAAUUAUGGUCUUAAUGGGUUUCUGUAAAUAUUUGAGAGCUGAUGUAAUUAAACAUUAUAAUAAAUGUGAUUUAAUAUAAUAUA